CCUUGCAACUUCACGGUCCCCAAAGAUGUCGCGCCUCACAGGUUGGAAACUACGAAAAAAAUGGAUGAAAUUAACCUUGAAAAGACUUUUGAUAAGAGAUGCUCAAGAUAAUCUUCAAUAAUUUUCUCAAUCAAUGUCAAGUCUUUAUAAAACAAUUUUUUGUUUAUGAAGUAAUCAAAAAUGAUUAAACGCAAAAGAGUAGUUCUGUCUAUGAAAGACAAAUACGAUAUCAUUAGGCGUUUAGAUGAAGGAGAACUUCCAACCAAACUAGCUCUCGAAUACGGAGUGGGAAAAUCGACCGUAAGUGAUAUACGAAAACAAAAAUUCGAUAUUAUUGAAUUUAUAUCCAAAAUAGACUCUGUCGAUAGAGUUAAUGAACGCAAAACCAUGAGACUGGCAGAAAAUAAGGUUGCAGAUGAAGCCGUUUAUAGAUGGUUAAUAGAAAAAAGAUCCCAAGGUGAACAGAUCAAUGGACCAAUUCUAUGCGAAAAGGCUAUGGAGCUCUACCAACAGUAUGGAGGACCACCUAAUUUUCAGGCCACUACAGGAUGGCUAAAAAGAUUUAAAUCCAGACAUGGUAUUCGUGAUCUGCAAAUCGAAGGAGAAAAGUUCUUAACUGAUCUUAAGCCAGAUGAUGGUGACUCAACAUGUCUUAUCACAGAAGAUAAAGUUAUUGUAGAAUUGGUAACUGAUAAAGAAGAAAACGAAAAUAUAGAAGUUAAAAAAGAAAUUGUUCCUUCGGCUGAGCAAGCAUAUGAAAGUUUGGAUAUUGCAUUACGCUGGUUUGAAGAUCAAGCAGAGAGUGAUCAGUUUCAAAUUUCUGUUCUUAAAAAUAUUCUCGAUCUUGCUGCUAGCAAGAGAAAAAUGAAAGUUGAAACAUUUUUUUAA